CAUUUGUUGUCUCCUGGAAUUGCCGAGAAACACAGAAAUCUCUUUGUGAUUGUGGGGGAUUAUGGGAAAGAUCAGGUGGUCAUUCUCCAUCACAUGCUCUCCAAAGCUGCAGUCAGAGCUCGGCCCUCUGUACUAUGGUGUUACAAGAAAGAGCUGGGCUUCAGCAGUAACCGGAAGAAGAAAAUGAGGAAACUGCAGAAAAGAAUAAAAAGCGGCACGCUGAACAUAAAGGAGGACGACCCGUUUGAGCUGUUUAUUGCCGCCACCAACAUCCGCUAUUGUUAUUAUAACGAGACCCACAAGAUUCUGGGGAACACUUACGGCAUGUGCGUCUUACAGGAUUUUGAGGCUCUGACUCCCAACUUGUUGGCUCGUACUGUAGAGACGGUAGAAGGUGGUGGACUUGUAGUGCUUCUUCUCCGCAGUAUGAGCUCCCUCAAGCAGCUGUACACCAUGACCAUGGAUGUUCAUUCCCGCUACAGAACAGAAGCACAUCAGGACGUUGUGGGACGUUUUAAUGAAAGGUUUAUAUUAUCAUUGACCUCCUGUAAGAACUGUAUGGUGAUUGAUGAUCAGCUGAAUAUCCUGCCUAUUUCCAGCCACGUUGCCAACAUAAAGCAGAUUCCACCAAAGACACAGGAGAGUAGCCUGACCCCGGAGGAGCAGGAGCUGCAGGACGUGAAGCUCAGUCUCCAGGACACGCAGCCGGUUGGGGUUCUGGUUGAAAACUGUAAGACGCUGGACCAGGCCAAGGCUGUACUGAAGUUCAUAGAGGCGAUAUCAGAGAAGACCCUCCGCAGCACUGUCACCCUGACGGCGGCUCGAGGUCGUGGCAAGUCGGCAGCGCUCGGGUUGGCGAUAGCGGGCGCCGUGGCUUUUGGUUACUCCAAUAUUUUUGUGACUUCUCCGAGCCCGGAUAACCUGCACACCCUGUUUGAGUUCAUCUUCAAAGGCUUUGACUCGCUGCAGUACCAGGAACAUCUGGACUAUGAGAUCAUUCAGUCCCUGAACCCAGAGUUUGAGAAAGCUGUGGUACGAGUCAAUGUGUUCAAGGAGCACCGACAGACCAUACAGUACAUCCACCCGUCAGAUGCCGUCAAGUUGGGCCAGGCGGAACUGGUGGUGAUCGAUGAAGCAGCUGCCAUCCCUCUGCCUCUAGUAAAGAGUCUUAUGGGGCCCUACCUUGUCUUCAUGGCAUCCACAAUCAAUGGGUAUGAAGGCACCGGCCGCUCCCUCUCACUCAAAUUGAUUCAGCAGCUCCGGCAACAAAGUGCAGAAAGUCAGGUCUCUAACACGGCUGAAAACAAAAACUCUAGCACCCAUCACCUGGCAUCAGCCCGGACCCUUCAUGAAGUGUCUCUGCAGGAAUCUAUACGUUACGCUCCUGGAGACCCCGUGGAGAAAUGGCUCAACGAACUUCUGUGUUUAGAUUGCCUGAACAUCACCAGGAUCAUAAGCGGCUGUCCUCUGCCUGAGACCUGCACUCUAUACUAUGUAAACCGGGACACCCUGUUCUGCUACCACAAGGCAUCCGAGUCGUUCCUGCAGAGAUUAAUGGCCCUUUAUGUGGCUUCUCAUUACAAGAACUCACCCAAUGACCUUCAGUUGCUCUCUGACGCCCCAGCUCAUCACCUCUUCUGCCUCCUCCCACCCGUUCCUCCUACCCAGAAUUCCCUGCCAGAAGUCUUGGCUGUAAUUCAGGUCUGUCUGGAGGGGGAAAUGUCACAUCAGUCGGUCACAAACAGUCUAUCUCGGGGGAAGAAAGCUUCUGGAGAUCUCAUUCCCUGGACAGUGUCGGAACAGUUUCAAGAUCCAGAAUUUGGAAGUUUAUCCGGAGGAAGAGUUAUAAGGAUUGCUGUCCAUCCAGACUACCAAGGGAUGGGCUAUGGAAGCAAAGCAUUGCAGUUGCUGCAGAUGUAUUAUGAGGGACAAUUUCCCUGCCUGGAGGAGAAUGUCAUCAGUAAGCAGCAAGAGAUCACUCCAGUAAGCGGUGAGGCCGUCAGCCUUUUGGAGGAGAUGGUAACGCCACGGAAGGACCUGCCGCCCCUCCUGUUGCGGCUCAGCGAGAGACCAGCGGAGAGGUUGGAUUAUCUUGGGGUGUCAUAUGGAUUAACGCCGCAACUCCUGAAGUUUUGGAAGCGAGCUGGCUUUGUUCCUGUAUACCUACGCCAGACUCCGAAUGACCUCACGGGGGAGCACUCCUGCAUUAUGCUGAAGAGCCUACAGGAAGAGGAGGAAUCUCAACAGGAGCCUUGGCUGACCGCAUUCUGGAAAGAUUUCCGAAGACGUUUCCUGUCUUUACUGUCCUAUCAGUUCAGCGGUUUCUCCCCAUCGGUGGCACUAAACAUCCUACAGAACAAAAACGUCAAGAAGGAAACUCAGAAUUUGAUCACACGCCUGGAGCUGCAAGCCUCCUUUACACCAUACGACCUUAAGAGGUUAGAGAUGUACUCGCAGAACAUGGUGGACUAUCACCUCAUCAUGGAUCUUAUACCCUCUAUUGCACGGCUGGUGUUCUUACAGCGACUUGGAGGCAUCAACCUCUCGCUUGCCCAGUCUGCUCUGCUGCUUGGGAUCGGGCUGCAGCACAAGACUGUGGAUCAGCUGGAGAAGGAGAUUGAGCUGCCAAGCAGUCAGCUAAUGGGUCUCUUUAACCGCAUCAUCCGCAAAAUUGUACAGUUAUUUAACAGGAUUCAAGAAAAGGCUGUUGAGGAACAGAUGGGGACUGUCAAGGAGGUGGUCAUGGAGCCCACCUUGCAAUCUCUCAAUGAGGAUUUGGAAGAGGCAGCCAAGGAGUUUCAGCAGAAGCACAAAGAGGAAGUGCAGAAGUUGAAAGGAAUUAAUCUAACGCAAUACGUAAUCCGGGGCGACGAUGAUGAGUGGAACGAAGUCUUGAAGACUGGCCAGAACACAUCUGUUAUCAGUGUGAAAAGUGAUAAAAAACGGAAGGUGGACCUGCCGGAGAAGAGCGGCGGGAAGUUCCAGAAAAAGCUGAAGAAAAACAAAGACAAGAAGCAGAAGUUUGGAAAGUGAUGAGUCAGGGCAUUGCUGAUGUAUGAGGGGUGCGCUGUGAUCAUCCU